AUGCGCACUUUGAAUAAGCUCCUGGCAUUGGCCAGUGCUUACGGGACCAUAUAUCCCGGUGUGGUAGCAUCGCCGGCACAUAUCUCGUCCCUGUCUGCUAGUUUGUCAGCAGAGGCCUUCUCAAGCGGUUUGGUGGCUGCUUCUAACGGUCUUAUUCCUCAUGCCGGAGGCCCCACCCCUACUGGUCCCGCUGGUGCUGGCGGCCCUAGCCCAGGUGCUCCUGGGGCCGGAGGUACAAGUCCCGGUGCACCUGGUGCUGGUGGUCCUAGCCCAGGGGCUCCUGGAGGCACUGAAAUUAGCCCAGCUCGUCCCACGAUUACCAGCAGCGUUCCCGUUGGCGGCCCAGGCGGUGCUGGAGGUCCCAGCCCUACAUCUCACCCUGAAACCAGUGCUCCCGGUAUCGGUGCAGGUGCGGGCACAACGCCUGCAUCACCUCAUCCCGUUCCAACACCCAGCGGUCUUAAUGGUCUUAGCGGCCAUCCAGCAGGUCCUACAGGCGUCUCUCCAGGCGCUGCAGGUGGUGCCGGGUUCGGCGGCGGUAUUGCCAUCAGCGCCAGCGGUUCUGCAUGGGUAUCUUCUGUAUUCGUCGCCGGUGCAACCUCAAUUGAAUUCUCAAUCGUCUCCAUGGUCGCCACGAGCACAUUCACGUUCACCGAGACCGUUACUGUCCAAGGCGGCGCCGGUGCCACAGGUGCACCCUCUCCUCCAGGCGGUGCGGGAGCACCAGGUGGUGCCUGUCCCGCUUCAUGUAUAUCUACAGUCACCGUGACCGCGGGCGGGGGUGCAGGUCCCGCAGGUCCAGGCCCAGCUACAAGUGCACUCCCAGCUGUGCCAACCUUACCUAUUGGCACUGGUGCAGGUACAAGCGCAAUCCCAUCGGCAUCAGUAUCAGCUCUCCCUGGCUCAUCCGUCAGCAUUGGCGUGGGACCAGGAAGAGGAGCAGGGGCAGGAGCAGGAGCAGCGACGAGUUUCCCCCGCCCAGUAACCUCCCCCGCGACCCCGUUCGUACGAGUCAGCAGCUUCCCGAUCGGAGGCGGCGUGGGAGCUGGCGCUGGCGGCGCUGCAGGGGUAGGUGUUGGCGUCGCCUCAACCAGCUCUGUCAUCCCGAGCGGUCCAUCUAUCUCUGUGCGUCCGUCGGUGCCCGUCGUCGUUCGGUCUGUGCGUGAGUCCGUUCCUACGGCUGCUCCGGCGAUAACUUUCCAUCGUGUUCGUGCAGCAGCUUGAUUUUUGUGAUUCUGGCUGAACGUGGCUGAAGAAGGAAAAAAUGGGACGGAUGAGCCCUAGACUCUAGUUCAGAGCAGCAAAGUUACCAUGUAUCCCAUCCCCUGAAAAGAAAGAAAAUUUGUUUAUGGACAUCUUUCUAUUCGUGUUUAUUUGUACAAGAAAAGGCAUUGAUGGAUAGAAUGAACUAACUGACGGACAUUGAUGGAACAGUAAGUAGACAGACAGCACAAAAGGUGAGGGAUGGAAAAAACGAACAUUUGGAUUUAUUUCUUUGUUACGGUAAUUGUAACUGUUUCUGCCUUCUCUUUUUAUUUUUCCGAGUAUAAAAUAAAG